UUUUUUUGAUCUAUCGAACACUGCCAAAUAUAGAAAGAUAAAGCACUCGCUAUAGCUACACUAUAAUUUCCAUUCAAUUUCAAAGCUUUGGAAGUAUUAGCUAUUAUUAUUUAUGGAGACGGAGGUGAUGAACAAGGUGGAACCCGUAACAACGCCAGCCAUUUCUGAUCCACCUAUGGCUUCUGCUGAGGUCCCAAAAGAUGUCGCUCGUGAGAAAGCUGUGGUUCGACCCCAAGAACCCAAACCUGACGAUUCCAAAGCUAUCACCUUAGUAGAGAAGACUUCAGAACCUGUGGUGAAGAAAGAUUCAAAGGGUUCAAUCGAUAGAGAUAUUGCUCUAGCAGAUGUUGAAAAGGAGAAGAGAUUAUCUUUUGUCAAGGCAUGGGAAGAAAGCGAAAAAUCUAAGGCACAGAACAAGGCACAGAAGAAGCUAUCUGCUGUUACUGCAUGGGAAAACAGCAAGAAAGCAUCUAUAGAAGCCGAUCUAAGAAAAAUUGAGGAACAAUUAGAAAAGAAGAAGGCAAACUAUGCAGAGAAAAUGAAGAACAAAGUUGCUUUGAUUCAUAAGCAAGCAGAAGAAAAGAAGGCAAUGAUUGAAGCUAGACGUGGGGAAGAACUUCUCAAGGCAGAGGAGACAUCUGCAAAAUAUCGUGCAACCGGAACCAUUCCAAAGAAGUUCCUCGGUUGCUUUUGAACUGCUUUUGAAAUGCUUUUGUGCCUGUAUUCAACUUCAAAUUUAAUUCCCGGUUUUUCUUUAUAUUUUUCUUGUCUGUUCACUAUGUGUUCAUUUUGUAUGUAAUUGUAAACUGAUGGGAAAAUCAGCAAAGGUAUAAUAGUUUGUGUGCAUAAAACUAGCAUGUUGAUUUGAGGAUGACUCUUUUUCAUCUAUAAUAAGAUUCUUUUACAAAUACUUUUUA